UAAUGAAUGUAGUAGUUGAAGCUCCCCCACCCCCACCUACCUUCAGGUGCUGACCAGGUGUACCUCCUGUGUUCCCGCCCUGAUUCAUUCAUAAAGCUCUUUACAGUGAAGAGUAUAUAAAGCUGCAGCUGCAGCAGGUGAGUCACUCUUCAGGUGUCUUUCUGUCCCUGACAGCAGCUCUCAGGUCAGGCAGGUGAGAUCCUCUGAGAUCAGACAGGUGAGAUCCUCUGAGAUCAGACAGGUGAGAUCCUCUGAGAUCAGACAGGUGAGAUCCUCUGAGAUCAGACAGGUGAGAUCCUCUGAGAUCAGGCAGGUGAGAUCCUCUGAGAUCAGACAGGUGAGAUCCUCUGAGAUCAGACAGGUGUGAGACAGGUGUGCAUCAUGCUCAGUCCUGCAGGUGGACUCUGGCUCGUCGCGCUCUUGCUGCUGCUGAACACGUGCAGCUCAGCUGUUCACAAUGACGCCACAGAGUCCGUCAGUUCUGACCCGGUCGAGGAGACCCAGGAGGAUCCGGUCCAGGAAGACUUGAACCAGGCGCGGAACGGUGGGAGACAGUCACCUGACCCUGUGCAAACAGGUCCGGACCAGAGCCAGGUGGGCUGCAGGGAGCUCCGGUCCACAAAGUACAUCUCAGACGGUCAGUGCACCAGCAGCAACCCCAUCAAAGAACUGGUCUGUGCUGGUGAGUGUCUGCCAGCCCACCUGCUGCCAAACUGGAUCGGGGGCAGGGGUUAUAAAGGGAGAUACUGGAGCCGCAGUGAUGCCCAGGAGUGGCGCUGCGUUAUAGACCGCAGCAGGACACAGCGGAUCCGGCUGGAGUGCCAGGAUGGCACCUCCAGGACCUACAAGAUCACUGUGGUGACAUCCUGCAAGUGCAAGAGGUACUCCAGAGACCACAACCACUCGGCACACAAAGACACGCCAGUCCACAAAAAGAGGAAGAGUCAGAGGAAGGCUGCCACCCCAGAAGAUCAAGCACAGACACUGUCUGACAACCAAGACUAAACCAGUCCUGUAGUCCUAAAGUCCUUCAGUCCUUAAGUACUUGUGUGUAUAUUAUUACAAUAAUGUGCCAUUUUCAAUCACUUCUGUUG